AAACCCGAAUCCGCGCCCAAUCGUGCUUGCGUUGUUUUUGCAGCUUCGAGUAGUAGGAAUCAACAGAAAUAAGACGAAUUAGCGGUUAGCAGGUCUGGAACACCAUGCAUCCUCCAUGCCGAAUAUGACGGAAGUAUCAGAGAAUCGCGACGGGCACGGCGACGAUCUAACACCAGGAGCGGAAAGCGUCGACUGGGGUCUGGGGAAGAACGCACCAAAGGAGUUCCCGACCUGGACGUUCCCGGAAAACUCCUCCGCGAUCACCUUCGGUUCCCUCAAUGCAGUGUCGUAUUCAGAGUCGGAUGCGAAAGGACGCCUGGAGUUUUUGGCAAAUGAAGGCUAUCAAGCUGCGAUAUACCCAAAAGGCCCUUCCCAUUCACUAUGUUCGGGGAGAAGGGAAUGGACGCGUCCUGAGCGGCACGAGCAGAUAGAUAAGAUGCUUGCAUACGGCGAGGCGAAUCUGUUUCAGUUGGGGGUGUCGACAGACCUCAUGUAUGACCAUCUUGUCGAAGCUAUCAAUGUCGAGCUUGACAGCUAUAUCAGAGAUCCGUUUCUGGGCAAUCUGAUGCAAUCCAUAGAUGGGCGACCGCAGGGUGAUGCUAGGCAUGGAUCAGUCGCGCUUGCAUUCGCGGGUGGGGAGUCCUGUGAGAGUCUGUACGUGGGACAUUUCGGUCCUGAAAUGCCAACAUUGUCACCAACCGUUUCGUUCGGCAAUCCGAUUCUUCAAAUCGCUACUUCCUCUGCGUCCGCUCCAAACUUCGUAGCAGUGCGCAAUGCCGGGUCAGUUACAAUAUUGAACAAAAAGAAUGGAGAUCGGACUGCCGAUGGGGCGGGCGGGUCGACUUUCGGCAUAGCAUCCAACAUACCGUUCCAACGGCGGCCUUUGCAUGUGGCCUUCAAUCCGAUACUUCCCGCCGAGGCCGCAGUGGUUCUGGACGGAGGAGACGUCUGGCUAUGGAACGGAAACCAGCACAAGCAACAGGCAUCCGUGAUAGCAACAUACGAAGACUUUGGCUCCGUUUAUCAGCGGAGGUGGAAGACAUGUGACUACGGCCAUCAUCCUAGGACUUUGGUCGUCGGCCAUUUCGAUCGGGUGGAUACCAUUGAUUUCCGAGUAAAAUCGAUCGUUCCCGCAACGGUCUUUCAAACGCGGGCGUCGGAGAUGCUUGCGGCAUGUCGAACCGAUCCGCACAAUGCGUAUCAAAUUGUCAUUGCAACAGAUCGCCGAAACGCUCUUCUCGACACUCGCUUCCCCGGCCGGCCACUCAUAGAAUGGGAGAGCAUGUCGAGCGAACCACCGAUGGGUAUCGAGUUUGUGGACGAUGAGACUGGCGCCGCCUCUGCUUUCUGCACUUGGAGCAGAUUAUCGGGUGAAGUGAACAUAUUCGAGUACCGCCAGCCGACACCAGUAGGACAAUCCAGUGACGCCUUCCAUAGUCUCCUAUCGACAUCAUGCAAUCUCCCGCCGAUUUCCACGAUGCGUUGCUAUCAACUGAAGUCUCCAGCAAACUUUGCAAGCCUGGGUCACUCAGUCUUUCGAGAUGACCGCAUUAUGCGCGAGAUCCGUCCCUACGACGCCGACAUGGUGGUCCCGCGUAGACCGCCAUUACAGGGUUUCGCUCUCCGGGGUACAACAGCAGGCGGGUUCCAUGCAUUCCAUCUCUAUGCAGACGGGUCGAUGUACGCCCAGGAAUACAGCAGAGAUGCAGAAAGUGCGCAUGCACAGGAGGUCGAGGCGGAUGGGACUAGCUUUGGCAAGACGGUAGCUCUGGAGCGCAAGUCGGAAACCCAGGCGUCUGUGCCGGACCCGUAUCGAGAUCACGGAAUCGUAGACUUCAAAGUACUCCGAAUGGCCUUGUCCAACGCGUUGAGGAACGCCCGGGAAGUUGACGAGACGCAGAUGGCGUCCCUAAAGAAGAUUGUCGACUCGUCAUCCGUCGGAUCCCAGCAUAGGACGUUGUGGGAGUUUUGUCGGGAUUUCUGGACCCUUGGGACUUCUUAUGCCGAGGAUAACACCGCUCUUGUUUCCUCGCUGCAUUUCUUCGGGUCGUUGAGCGAGGCGCAGGUGUCGGAGUUGGGUGCAGCGCUGAGCGUUGCCUUCCCUGAGAAUAAAUACCUGGUUGACAUGAGCUGGAUAUCAUACGCGCAACGGAAAAGGGAUCCUGAUAGCUCCGGCGCUCCAUCGAGCAAUGCCGCUAACACUGAUCAAGAGACGGGCCGCGACCCAAUAGCAAAGAGAAUAUUGGACCAAGCCCGCUUGCUAGGAACCCAAGCGACGCCCGUCCAAGAACGCUCACUCGUCGACGAUUUCCCCCAGCCCCAAACCCAAAGUCUCGACAUCGACACCGAUGCCUCAUCCUCCCGCUCACUGCCCACAGCGACUUUGAUCUCGCCAUACGCAACGCAACCGAUCCAAUUGUCCGCGACCGCCCGCGAGCUGCGAAGGCGGUGGACAAACCCGUCCCAAUACUACGGCCCCAGCGCAACACCGCAAAACUCGCGUAACAACGCACAUACACCCCAUCGUCGGAGCCGAGCAACCGCCAGCCGCACACCCGACAUCACAGCCGCCAGCAGGGCAACAAGCGUCGCAUCCAGCCGCGAACCCUCCAUGGUCCCAAACGUCCGCGCAAGCUCGCAAGCGACCGAGGUGGGAGGCUCGUCUUUCGAGGACGCGUUCACGCAAUCGCAGAUGUGGGCGUCGUUGUCCCAGUCCCAGUCGCAGUCGCAGUUUAGGGCGUCCCAGGUGCAGAUGUCGCAGUCGCCGGCUCCGCCGUCGUUGUCGCUUUCGCAGAGCUUAAUUGGGACGGGGACGCAGGCGAGUCAGCAGAGCGUUGGUGAGCCGGGGCAGAGUAGUAAGAAGAAAAAGCAGAGGAGGAAAGGGUUCUGAGCGUGUGGCAUUGGAUGCACUAUAUUUAUAUAUGUUGAUAAUCGAUCAUUUAUAAUCCCGACAAGGUUCG